AUGAGCCUUUCCGAGGAACUCUACGUAUUUAAUAAUCAACGUCCUCUCAUAGAACUGCGUGAUCGAUUCAGGCAAAAUUACGACAAUGCAGAUGAAUCAAUGGAAGAAAUUCAUGAAUUGUUAAUUCAACUUUUAGGAUACACAGUCGGGUUUAAAAAUAACGCCAACAUCCACUCGCUUCGAGGUCAAAUUCGUGAUAUUUGCACCAAAAUCAAUCGCAACAAGGCUUUUCUCCCCGAUUUUAAAACCUUCCUUGAUUUAGUUGUCUCUGAUGCCAGCGACCGUGAAUGUUGGUCUGAACUCAUUGCUUUAGCUGAUGAUCUUACCUAUGAGGAACCACAGUCACUUCCAGACAUAAUGGUUCCAAUAAUUGAAGAAAACACAACGACUACCUACACGCGGAGCAUUUCAGAGAUUUCCAAUUACGACGCAACCUGCCUCUCACUUACUGUAGCGCUCAAGAUCGAACUCACGAACAAUAUUUACAAAAGUGUUGGUGAUUUUUGGGAGGUUUAUUCCGAGAAUGAAAGGUGGUCUCAAACUACAAAGCGAGUCUGGGAGUGCUACCAAGAUAACAACCAAUGUCAACCCUAUGUUUUCCACAUAAACAUGAACGAAGCUGAACUCCGGGCCUGGCUCUACACCUUCUUCGACCGUUAUUUGAAACAAUUUACGCUCCCUCACAAGUCAAACACGUCGGAAUUAACUUUCAUCCGCAUGCCAAAUGAUCCUACUGUGCGAGGCAAAUUUUAUCAUACGACACACUUCAAUCAGCUUGAAGGCGCAAAGAGUCGACGAAAGCUUGACUUUUUUAUUGAAGAUGCUGAUCUAGGCGGGGGGAAUAAACAUCAUUGGAGAGAUAUUAGGGUGAUAGGCGAAUUCACCAAGUGUACUGGUCUGAAAGGUUUCAAGUUUCACCAGCUCACAAGAUACAUUUGUGAAAUAUUCUACGCACAGCCAUUGCGUCGAUUUGUGCAUGGAUUUGUUGUUCACAAACUGCACGCUGAGUUCUGGGUAGUUGAUCGAUCAGGUGCAUACAGCUCGGGCGAAAUCAGUCUGAUUGAAAGCAAAGAAAAACUGGUUCGAGCUAUCUCAUCAUACAUGUUCAUGAGCAAUGAAGAGCUUGGGCUUGAUACAACUAUUUUUCGUAAAGAUGGCCUAUCAUUCAUUACCAUUCGAGAAGGUGAUGAGCCGGUUGAUAAUGAGAUCGAAAUCAUACCCGAGCCAAUCUAUAGGCCAGAGACAAUAGUAUCAGGGGCAAACCUUUGUCACCGGACGAAGGAUGACAUGUUUAUGGUCAAGUUUUCGUGGGGGUCAGGAGCAGAACAAUCCGAGAUUGAUUAUCUAAAACUGGCAAAACCAGUGAACAGUAUUGUGAAUUUAGUGUGGGAUAAGGUGUUGCAUGAAGUGGAAGCUCACCGAGCUGUGCUGGAUUUCUCAAUGGCAUUAAAGGUUUCAAUGAAAAACAACAAAUGGUGCCUUUCCAAAGGUCUUCAGAAUGAAUCACAAUCAACACUGGGAUAUUUCCGCAAAUGUAAGCUUACUUUAGCAAUACUUUUGCCAAAUUGA